CAUGUCGGGCCCCAGGCCUGUGGUGCUGAGUGGGCCGUCGGGGGCUGGGAAGAGCACCCUGCUGAAGAAGCUGUUCCAGGAGUAUGGCAACAUCUUCGGCUUCAGCGUGUCCCAUACCACGAGGGACCCUCGGCCUGGUGAGGAGAAUGGCAGAGAUUACUACUUUGUGACCAGGGAGGUGAUGCAGCGUGACAUCGCGGCUGGGAACUUCAUUGAGCAUGCCGAGUUCUCAGGGAACCUAUACGGGACAAGCAAGGCUGCUGUGCAGGCUGUGCAGGCCGUGAACCGCAUCUGUGUGCUGGACGUGGACCUUCAGGGUGUGCACAACAUCAAGAAGACGGACUUGUGUCCUAUCUACAUCUCGGUGCAGCCUCCCUCGCUGGACGUGCUGGAGCAACGGCUGCGCCAGCGCAACACCGAGACCGAGGAGAGUUUGCUGAAGCGGCUGGCGGCUGCUCGGGCUGACAUGGAAAGCAGCAAGGAGCCUGGCCUGUUCGACCUGGUGAUCAUCAACGACAACCUGGACACGGCCUACGUGGCUCUGAAGCAGGCGCUUUUGGAGGAGAUCCAGAAAGCUCAGGAGACCGGCCCUGCCUGAGGACCUGCUUCACUCGGCAGGGUGUGGCCCAACUCUGCCUAGGCUCUGGUGGGGCCUGCCCUGGAGCCAGGGAUGUCUGGGCUCAGGAGUUGGUGAGCUCCCUUUGCUGGCCACACGGGGGCUCUGUGCCUUCGGCCAGCACCUGUGGCUAAGGGCCCACUCUCCCCCCUCACCAUCACCGAGAACCGUGAGGCGCCCGCCCACCCGCCCGGGCUGCCCCUCCGA